CUUAAGAGAUUUGUCUGCUCAUAUUAGCGCACAAAUGAUUCUCAGAAAGAUCUGAAUCCUUGAAGAAAUAAAUCCCAAAUAAUAAUUAUAAAAAUUACUAAACUUCCAUGUCAUUUAACAAUUUUUGUCUCUCUUCAUGCAGCUUAUAUUUUAAAAAGGGGGAAAAAAAAAGGAACUUGAGCUUCUGCAAUCUUUGUUGAUCACAUGAGUAUUACCGUUUCAUAAUGCCUUUGUCUCCUAGAUGGUUAAUCUCGUACUCUCUCAUUAAGGAUUUUGAAGUUGCCUUCCUUUGGUGUUCAGAUGAAGAGAAAGAAGAUAUGGUGUAGAUUACUGUUGUCUUGAGUGGGUUAUGUCAUGUAACGUUCUCCCCUACACCUCAGAUGAACCACUGGAAACCAUUUUGAUGCUGUUCUCUUCUGCUCCAGUUUGUGGUCUCUUCCAGAAUCUAAUCCAUCAGACCUGGAAGCACAAAGAAUAUGGUACCUUGUGCAAAGAUGUCAAAUGCGUUGCCAUUUAUCUUGCUCUUCAUAUUCCCACUGCUGCUGUCAGGGGCUUGGUUUCCCAAAACUUUACCCUGUGAUGUUAAAUCUUCAGAAGGUACUGUGACAGUGGACUGCACCGACCGGCGCCUUACAGAAGUCCCCAGAGGGAUCCCUGGAAAUGCUACCAACCUUACCCUGAGUAUUAACCAUAUUCCCAAUAUCUACCCAACAUCCUUUGAUCGUCUUGAAAAUCUCCAGGAGAUUGACUUCAGAUGCAACUGUGUGCCUGUCAAACUGGGGCCCAAAGAUCAUGUGUGCACCAGCCCCCUGAAAAUUGAGAAUGGCACUUUUGCUGCCCUGACAAGACUGAAGUCGUUGUAUUUGGAUGCAAACCAGCUGGCAGAAAUACCCCAAGGUCUUCCUGCUACUUUAACCUUGCUGAGCCUGGAAGCAAACCAUGUCUUUUCUAUCCAGAAAUCCAGCUUCUCGGAGCUAGGAAACAUAGAGGUAUUGUAUCUUGGACAGAACUGCUACUACCGCAAUCCAUGCAAUGUUUCCUUUGAAAUUGAGGAAAGAGCCUUCCUGGCACUGAAAAAGUUAACAAUACUAUCCCUCAAGUCCAACAACAUAACACAAAUCCCACCCAAUUUGUCAUCUACUUUAAGGGAACUGUACAUUUACAACAACAAGAUUCAAGAGAUUCGAGAACAGGAUUUCAGUGGCCUUCUCAACCUAGAAAUUCUCGACCUAAGUGGCAAUUGCCCACGUUGCUAUAAUGCCCCAUAUCCUUGCAUUCCCUGUCCCAAGAGCUCGAUUCAGAUACAUUCAAAAGCUUUUGACUACUUGGAAAACUUAAGGAUUUUGCGACUUCACAGUAACUCUCUUCAGAGCGUACCCAGCAGCUGGUUUAAAAACAUCAAGGAUCUCAAAGAACUUGACCUCUCCCAAAAUUUCCUCAUGAGGGAAAUUGGAGAUGCUCAGUUCCUGACAUUUCUUCCCAGCCUUGUGCAGCUUGAUCUGUCCUUUAACUUUGAACUGAAGGUGUAUUCUCCUUUCUUGAAUCUUUCUAAGACAUUUUCCUCCCUCUCUAACCUGGAAACCCUGAGGCUCAAGGGUUAUGUCUUUAAAGAACUGAGGGCAAAAGAUCUUCAACCACUGCUCAGCCUAAGAAAUCUAACCAUGCUGGAUCUUGGGACUAAUUUUAUUAAAGUUGCAGACAUGACAGUGUUUGAAGAAUUCCCAGCUCUUAAGUUCAUUGACCUGUCAGUGAAUAAAAUUUCUCCUUCUUCAAGAGAAAGCAACUUCUAUGGAUUUUGCUCUAAUCCUGGCAUUUCAGUUGAGCAAUACAACAAGCAAGUGCAACAAGAGAUGCAUUAUUUCAGAUAUGACGAGUAUGAGCGAAGCUGCCGUUCCAAAGACAUAGAGGCUUCUUCCUACCAAUCUUUAGUUAAGGAAGAUUGCCUUAACUAUGGAAAAACUCUGGAUUUAAGCAGAAACAAUGUAUUUUUUGUUAAUCCCUCAGACUUCCAGGGACUUAGCUCCCUCAAAUGUCUCAACUUGUCAGAUAAUGCAAUAAGUCAAGCUUUAAAUGGAAGUGAAUUCUCUUACUUGUCUGGAUUGAAAUAUCUGGAUUUUUCUAACAACAGGGUUGAUUUGCUGUAUCAAAUGGCUUUCAAAGAACUAAAAUUAUUAGAAAUUCUAGAUCUGAGCAAUAACCAGCAUUAUUUUGUGGCAGAAGGUGUUACUCACGUUCUUAAUUUUUUGAAAAACCUAGCCCAUUUGAGGAAGCUGAUGAUGAAUGAGAAUGACAUUUCUAGCACUAUUGAUACAGGAAUGGAAAGCCAAUCUCUUAGAAUUUUAGAAUUCAGAGGAAAUCGUUUAGAUGCUUUAUGGAUGGAUGGCAAUGCUAGAUACUUGUCCUUCUUUGAAAAUCUGACCAGUCUGGAAGAACUGGAUAUUUCCUUCAACUCACUUAGUUUUUUGCCUCAUGGUGUUUUUGAAAAAAUGCCUCCCAGUCUGAAGAUCCUCAACUUAACAAAUAAUCAACUGAAGAGUUUCAUCUGGGGAAACCUCCCCUCUCUGAAGAACCUAGUAACUCUGGAUCUGAGCAAUAACCUUCUGACUAAUGUUCCCCGAGAGCUGUCCAAUUGCACUUCAUCUCUCCAAGAACUGAUGCUCCGAAACAAUCGCAUUCACACGCUAACCAAAUAUUUUCUCAGAGGUGCUUUUGAACUGAGGUACUUAGACCUCAGCUCAAAUAAGAUUGAAAUAAUUAAGAGAUCUAGCUUCCCUGAAAAUGUCAUUAACAACCUGAAGAUGUUGCUUUUGCACGGCAAUCCUUUUAAGUGUAACUGUGAGGCUGUGUGGUUUGUCUGGUGGAUCAAUCGGACGCAGGUGACCAUUCCUCUUCUGGCCACUGACGUCACCUGUGCUGGCCCAGGGGCACAUAAAGGCAAGAGCGUGGUUUUCUUGGAUCUGUACACCUGUGAGCUGGACACGUCGUAUUUGAUCCUGUAUGCUCUGUCAGCUUCGGCCAUCCUUGCCUUGAUGGUGUUUGCAGUGAUGAGCCAUCUCUACUUCUGGGAUGUGUGGUACAGCUACCAUUACUGCGCUGCCAGGCUGAAAGGCUAUCGGCGCUUGUCUUCACCAGCUGCUUGCUACGACGCCUUCAUUGCCUAUGACAGUGAAGAUCCAGCUGUGAAUGAGUGGGUGCUGCAAGAGCUGGUUGAAAGGCUGGAAAACCAAAAAGCCAGGCAGUUCAAUUUAUGCCUGGAAGGAAGGGACUGGCUCCCAGGACAGCCGGUCUUUGACAACCUUUCCCAGAGCAUUCAGCUGAGCAAAAAGACCAUCUUUGUGCUGACCAACAGGUACAUUAAAAGUGGCCGCUUCAAGACAACAUUUUAUAUGGCUCAUCAGCGGCUUCUGGAUGAAAAGAUGGAUGUCAUUAUCUUGGUAUUUCUUGAGCAGGUUUUGCAGAAGUCCCGCUAUGUCCGUCUGAGGAAGAGGCUGUGCAGAAGUUCAGUCCUGGAAUGGCCAACUAAUCCUCAAUCUCAGCCCUACUUCUGGCAGUGCCUGAAAAAUGCCAUAGCUAUGAGUAAUUCUCUGGCUUACAACAAGCUUCUCCAAGAAACUGUUUAGUUCUACCCUUUCCCUUAAAUUUUGUUAUGAUGCACAAGACAAAAAAAUCCUCAACAAAGCAUUCUGAACUUAAUUUGCAGAAACUGUCAAAGCAGGGAAGAUAUACCUUUUUGAUGUUAUACCCCAAGAUGAAAGGCACAAUUUCUCUGAAAUUCUAUAAUUCCAAAUUGAAUAGAAAGUGUUACCAGAACAGAUAUUUAGUUGACAUGCACUUUGCUUUGUGCUGAUAUCUGCACCGCAAGGGAAGAUGCUAAAAUGGGAAGGUAUGGUAGUUCAGGUUCUGUAGGGCUUACAAUUUGCUUUGUGAAAGCAAGGAAGGGGAGCAGGACAGCAGAGGGGAACAGGCACAAGGCAGGUGAUGAAAGUUGAGUAAAUCAAGGAGGAGGUGAGACUAGACAAAGAAAGGAAAGUAAAAGGAAAAAAAGAGAAAGUGGAAGUAGUGGUAAGAAAGGAGAAACAUGCAGCUAUACUAUAGCAUAGAAGAAGUUCAGAUACAUUUACUGCCAAUUUCCAAAUAAAGUUUUCACUUUGCCUUUCAUCUGCCUCCUGGGCUGUUGGCUGAGCUGGCUCCUCCCUGAAGACUUUAGAGCUCCUCUCUAAUGUUGUACUAUCUGUUUGAGGACCUUUUCCACCCAAGCCAUGAGUGACCACUCUUUCUAUAGUUUGGGUGUUUGCUGCUCUCGCCAGGGCUGGAGCCUGAGGACAUGCCACCUGUCCCCAGAAGAAAAUUUAGACAGAAUUUGGAAGUGAAAAGCAUGUAAGAUCAGGUCUCACAAGGAAAACAUUCCCGUUUCUUUAGCUGUGCUGUGGUUCUCCAGAGCAGCCUUAAGCCCUCCUUUGCCUCUUUGUUCCUCAGGUAGGUCCCUCUCCCACAGCAGCUGAAGUAGCGCUACUAAACACUUGAGAUAGGAAUGGGUUUGACUUUAGGGACAACCUGAAGAAAUGAAGAAACAUAAACACCUGUGCCUGUUCCCCACUCUGUUUCACAGUACAGACUCGUUGAACACAUGAGAGUAUUUCAAGUGAAACUUUUUGUAAUGGUAGCCUCAGCCUCUGAGCAUGACAUAGGCAGGUUCUCUGCUUGAUGUGAUGAUGGCUGUUUUGGGAGAAGCAGCACAUUUUCACCUUGCUGGGUGCUUCUGUCUGCAGCAGUCUGGGCAGCUUCUCCCCUCUUGAUCAAAGCCCUUUUUCUUUUCUGGCAACUAGUCUUGGUGACAUCUCUGCCUGAUAUUGUCACUGUUAACUGCUUUAAACUUGUUUAUUUUAGAUGCCACCUGCAUUUCCUCACCUAAGUGUUCUGGCUGAUUCUUUCUUUUGACAAGAAGACAGAAAAAAAAAAAAAAAAGAACACAAGAAAAGAAACUUCAUAUAAUAAUAUUACAGAUUAGAAGUGGCUUUCCCUCUCAAUUUUUCAUAACAUUUUUACUGAUUGAAUGUAGACGUAGGAAAAAGAUGAGGACCUGGUUAAAAUGGGAGGUUUAGAGUUAUAUUUUAAUAAUGUGUAUUUCUGGUGGUUUUGUUUGUAAGCCUAAACAAUCUGUAUGAAUAAAUAUAACAUAAGCUGUAAUGUGACUCUCUUCAUAAGGUAGUACUUGAAACAGGAACCUCUAUCCCACAGUUACUCCCACACCAUCUCCCUCUGCCUCCCCACAAAAUAUCUAUUUGGAGCAGAUCCUCUUUCUCAGCCUCACUGACAGGGGCAGGAACACUAGGUCACUUAGCCUUUCUGAGGUUGAGAUGAGAGGUAUUUUUUCCUCUUCCAUUAAGAAGCAUGCACAGGAUGGGUAUGAGAUGAGUAGAAAUGAGUAGAAAUUGAUAUAGGUAUUAAGGGAGGUGAUGAGGAAAGGUAUCCUCUUUGAUUUGUUGCUUGUUAACAAGAAGGUCUUAUGGGUGAAUUGGUGAUUGGUGGACAUUUUGGACCAUGAAGCAGUUGAAUUUAAGAUAUCUAGUGACAGGAGGAAAAUAGCCAGGAAAAUUCUGAAUGUGAGAAGAGUAGACUUCAGGCUGCUCAGGGAAGUCUUUUGUAAGGUCCCCUAGUAAAAUGGUUUUGAAGAUUCUGGGAUCUACCAGUGUGGUCAAAAUUUAAACACCAACUUCUUGGAGCACGGGAACAUGUAAUUCCAAAAUGCUUGAAAUAAAACUGGUGAGGCAGAAGGCUGGCUUGGCUGACCAGGGAUCUUUCUGUGGAGCUAAGGAAGAUAAAAGAAAGUGUAUGGCCAGUGAAAGGAAGGCUGAGUGACUGGGGAAGAUGUUGUGGUUUAAUCCCAACUGGCAAGUAAGCACCAUACAAUCAUUCACUCACUUCUCCCCAUGGUGGGGUUGGGAAGAUGAAUCAGAAAAGAAGUAUAACACUUGCUGGUUGAGAUAAGGACAGUUUAGUAGUUAAAAUGAAGUAAAAUAUUGCAACAACAACAAUAGUAAGAAAAAAAUCAAGAGAGAGAGACAGAGGGAGAGAAGAAAACACAUGAAUGACAAGCAGUGUACAAUGAAUAGCUCACCACCUGCUUACUGAUGCACAGCCCAUCUCCACACCACAAUCAGAUCCCAUUCUGUGUUACUCCACCAGUUUAUAUACUGGGCAUGACAUUCUAUGGCGCGAGAUACCCCUUUGGCCAGUUGGCACAGCUGUCACAGCUGUGUCCCCUCACUUGGGCACUUCUCUCUGGCAGAGCUUGGAGCUUGUUUGCCUGGUUGGUGUAGCUGUGUCCAAAUUACAAACUACUGAAGAGUUCUGAGGUUUCUGUACAUGAGGGUGUUGUGAUAAUAUAGCUUGUGAUUUGGUGUGAGGUCCAUUAGGAGGAGGAACUAUGAAUUUUUUUCCAAUUUAAAAGUGGACUUUUACAGCUGCACUAACAAGUCUAUAUGUCAUUCUCCCUUCAGAGGGCAGGUCAUAGAGACAUUUCAUGAAUAUCUCAUCCUAAUGCAUGAGUUUAAGAAGGAUGCAUGAUGCAAUUAUUUUAAUUGCAACCCAAAAGUAGGGUUUUCCUCCAUUAGCUCUGUAGGUGUUUGCAUUGAGAAUACUUUCAGUAAGGCAAAGUGGCUGCUGCUCCAGGUUUAUGUGUGCAGCAAGUUGGUCUUGAAUAACCAUUUCAUAUGGACAUCAAAGUAUCUGAUGUACUGUAAACACCCACUGUGAUGACCAAAGAAUGUUCUGCAUCAAUUGCUGCUUCCUUACAGAAAUUGUAACAGACCAUGGCUAGAUUUAGUAUUUAGCCUAUGUGGCCUGGAAAAACCAUACAUGGAAUGUAAGAAGCAGAAAGAGGAUAAAGGAAGAAGAAUAUUGGUGAAUUAACUGAUUUUUUACCAUUCUUUUGGAAUUGGAAGAAAAAAAUGUGCUAUUUGCAUUACUGCCACUAGUGUGACACAAAAAUAGUAAUCACUGAAAUUUGGUAAGAACCAUCUAUACUUACAGCACAGGUUUAUAUGACUAUAAAAUCCUCUCUGAUUUCUUUGAUCUCUCUGUUUUUAAGAACUGACAUAUGAGGAACUUGCAGGUGCCUUCCCUGUGAAAAAAAAUUUAUAUUUGAAGUAACUUCUGAAAUCAAAGCAAGUCUGAUUUCAACAUAGCUUGUUUAGUCUCUUGUUCUGCAAUAAAAUUGGGGUGCUAUGUA